CCAUGACCUUCAUCGUGGUGCGGUAAAAACUGAUAACAUUUUCGGAACUAGGGAGGUCUUAAUCCCCCAGCCUUCUAAAAUAAUCAUCCAUGUGAAUGUGUCCAGAUGUGAUUGCUCGAAAGCCUUUUAUUCUAAUUAUUUGUCGACCUUGGAAUUACUGUAAUCAGAGAUAACGGCUUUAGAAGAGCGUUGAGGGAAAAACAUAAAAUCACUAGUUUAUAUAAUUGCCCUCAGCGUUCAUACCCGCCUGUGCAGGGGAUUUUUAUCAGACGGUGUUGACAUAAUCACUCAAAAAUGGUUGUAAUCCAAUCAUCCAGAAGUCACUGGUCCAUCUGCUUGGUGAUGGCCAGCCUACACAAUCGCAAAUCUAUACUAUGUUGCUUCCUGAUGCAGGUGAAGCAUAGCAGUUAACAACAAACAAACAAAAUAAAUAAAAUUCACAUGCAGCAAUAAUCAGGUAUUUGAUACAACAUGUCCCAAAUCCAGCUACUGUAUUACAAAAUAGAUCAAUUACUAGAUACAACUGUUUCUAUAUGCAGGAGGUACUUGAUAUUUGAUUGUUGCUAGAUACUGAAGGCAUUUACAAUUUCUACAGCAAAUUGGAGAUGUAGAGGGUUCUAGAUAAAGAAGAUAUUCACUACAGUACGCUAAAUAUAUUCCGGGUCAGUCAGGUACUACAGCACUCACCAGAUACAAUGAUUCUCGAUAUAAUAGGUUAUAGGUAUAGUAGGAUUUGGAUACAGCAGAUUUCAGACCCACUACAUUUGAUAAUAGAAACAGUGGAUAAAACUGUAGAGACAACCAGUACCAGCUAAAGCAGGUAUUAGAUGUAACAGUUUCUGGAAGCAUCUUGCAUAACAACUUCUGGAUUUGACAGGUUUCUAGAUACAUAGGGCACUAGAAUAAUCAGGUAUUUGAUACCACAUGCUCUACAGUACAGUGGACACCCGUGAUUCGCAGAGGACAAAAGGACCGAGCCUGACGCUUCCUUAUAAUUGGCUUAAAAAACAAAACACAACUAAGAGGGGGGUAACAGUUUAUAUAUACAGUACAAUAGAUACUUGAUAUUCGAUUGACGCUAGAUCAAGAAGGCUGGAGUUACAGUGCAUCUAUAUCCAGCAGAUUGUAACUAUAUAUAAAUGGUCCUAGAAAAAGCAAGUAUAAGCUAUAGAAGCUAGAUAUAUAAGAUAUCAAUUCUGGGUCAGUCAGAUAAUAGAUAAAAUACAAUACAAACAGGGAGCACACACGAGAUACGACAUGGUCUAGAUAUAAUGUAAACAGUGCUAGAUAGAUCCGGUUCUAGAAUAACAGGAAUUCCGCAGAUUCUAGAUACAGUCCAUCCUGUACGAGCUAUAGUGGGUUAUACAGUACUUUAGAUACAACUAGUCCUACAUCAAGCAGGUACUUGAUCUUUUCCACAAUAUUUCCAGUAGUACGUACACCCAUUUCUAAAUACAUUCGGCAUUAGAUGAGGCAAAACUGUUGAUCAGGAACGGCCUGGUUACAUUUAUAUUCUGCAGGUUGUAGAUUUUUACUGUCUUAGCUACAGCCACAUACUGAAAUAAUGAAUUUAUUCACAAAUGUACUUCGUGUAAAAGGAUACACAGGUCGGUUGCAGUUUCUGCCUGCUAGUGGAAGAGUGUUUGAUUGUUCUGCCUGUCAUUAUAUCUUGCUGGCAUAGAUGCAUGAACAAAGAUUUCAUUAUUUGUAGGAAAUAUAAUUUUCGUACCAAUUAAGUGAAACGACCGUGAGAGAUGUUGUUGGAUGCUCUCUCUACAGGCUUCACCCACGCUGACCUGGACCAUGAGCAAUGAUUCGCCUGCUCUGACAAUUUUGACCGAGAACUCUACUGAUUUGCCUGUGUCGGCGGACCAGGUGGAAAAUUAUGUGUUGCUCUUGGUGCUGCUGAGUGUUUUCGCUGGGGGGACGCUGGUUUUGGUCUCCCUACUGCUCCUCUUCUGCCACCGCUGCUGCAUGGGUGGGCGCCGCUACUCCAGAGCAAGUGAUGACCCUGAGAAGACAAACACGACUUACGUUGAAGAUACUCAACCCACCCAAGAGAUCACCAUUCGUCUGGAUGAAACAGACGCUCUCUCAGCUUCCAGCGGCCACGACGGAGAGUCAGAAAGAUUUGUUUCCACCGGGUUGACAGGCCGCAGAGUCUCCUUCAACGAAUCUGCUCUGUACGAACAGGAGAGGAUGAUAGAGGACAAAGGGCGCAGAUACACUCUGACGGAGGGGGAUUUUCACCAUCUGAAGAAAGCGCGGCUGACUCACCUCCACCUGCCGCCAGCCCCGUGUGACCUCAAGAUCCUCACCAUCAUGGAGUGUGACUCAACUGAGAGCAGUUCUGUCAACAUCAGUGAGGUGCCAACUCCCAAACUCCCUCUCUCGAUCUACCAGCCAACAGAGAGAAGAGUGUCUGACUGGUUGGGUCAGAGACUCAGCGGAGGUUUGCCAGGAGAUACACAGCACUCCAUCGUCCUGGACCAGAUUGCCAGAAGCGGCUCUCUGACAUUGGAGGCUCUUGGGGGCAGAAGAGAGGCUCAGAGUGAUCACAUGAUGAGGGGUGAGACCACCCAUGCUCCUGGCCAGACUUCAGUUCUACAGUUCUUGUCAAAACUGAGGCGCCACACCAGCCUGGAGGGAGCUGGGCCCUAUUUCAAGCGCUGGAAGUUUGAAAGAAGCCACCGGGCCGCCAGUCUCGAUGCCAAAGGAUCCCCAAAGAGAAGACCCUUCCAGAGGCAGAGAGCAGCAAGUGAAACCACUGAACAUGCCGAGGAUGACUCUUCUCUCUGCAAUGAUGCAACAGGGUCUUUCCCACAAACUCCCAGCCAGACCAGUGGCCUCCAGUCUCUGUCUGCUGAGUCUCUGUCUCAACCUUCCAUGGAUCACAACGCCUCUGUCUCCCACAACAGGCUAAAUCUGGGGGCCGUGGUGGUGGAGGUCAGUGCUGUCAGCAACAGGAAAGAAGAACCACCUUGGCAAACAGAUGAUUGCUCCAUGCAGAGACAGAAGAGUAUCUCAGGCAACAAACCAGGAGUAGAGGAGGGAUUAAAACCAGAUGCAGUCACAAGGACGGGCAGUGGCAGGGUUGAGUCUAAACCUCUAGAGGAGGACGACUUGUUCGAGCCACAACAGGAAGCCAAAGUCGUUCAGUUUGAAGACUCAUCCAGGAAAAUACCAGAUUCCGAUCUGAAGCAAAAUUGUGAGAUGGAAAUAGAUGAAGGAGAAGAGGCGCUGUUAGACUUUGAGAGCAGACCCAGGGCGGAUUCAGGUUCUUCUCUUUCCUUUGGGCUUCGGCAGGAGACCUUGGAGGCUCAACCAUCUCUCUACAGAGACAUCUGGAGCUUGCGAGCCUCCCUUGAGCAAUAUGCAUCCUCGGACCAAAGCAGCACCGACCGGGAGUCCAUCCGCAGCGAUGCUGAAAGCGUCUCAUCACUGGGUUGUGCUGGAGCCCGUACUGGACAGCUGGAUAGUUGCUUGUUCCAAGACCUGGACGAUGAGCCUGAUGUAGAAGGGGAGGUGAUGGAUGGAGGCAUCAGAGGGGCAUCGGGUGGGGCCAGCGAGACAGGAAAUGGGGUCGACGGAGAAGGUGAGGUGGGUAACCGCAAGCUCCUUCAGAUGGAUAGCGGCUAUGCCUCUAUUGAAACGCCAUCCAAGGGGCCUGAGGAGAUGCGCAUUUUUGGGACUCCUGCAGCUCCUCGCGGAAAGACUGCCUCAGAGAGGAGGUUGUUCUUCACAAGCUCAGGGAGAAAAUGUUCUGUGUGCGAGAGCACUGAGACCAAGUUGUUCCAGGAGGAGCUGGAAGAGGAUUUAACUGAAAGCAUAGAGGAGAAGCACAAGGGUAGUCUCUCGUGCCAAGAACCAUAUCCACUCAUCAGAUCACUUCCUCAGAAACAAGAAGCCCUGUCACACGUAACAUCUCAGCUGUUGAAGACAACCUCUCAGCCUUCUAGUCCUCACCGACCUCGUCUACACCGCCGCGACUACAGCAUUGACGAGAAGACGGACGCGCUUUUCAACGAGUUCCUCCGACAUGACCCGAGGUUUGACCAGCCAGAUUCGCCAUUUCGAACCAGGCAUCGCUCGAGAGUGCACCUGAGGAAGCAGUGGCAGAGACACAAGCAAUACAGCGACCCCGGAUCGGGGGGUCGCUACUCACCAUCUCUAGAGAGGCAGAGGUUCACUCCGCUGCCGAGAGGCAACAGCGCCAGUUACCCUCUGGACACCAGGUAUCACAGCACACUGUCACGCAUCGCGAGCGCAGCGGAUGAAGAAGCCAAUGAGAUUGCGGCCUGCGAGGAGGCAGCCAAAGAGAGCACAGCGGACGCGUCCCGUGACGGAGCCACUUCAGAGAUUAUAGCCAAUGUGACUGUGAGUGGCCAGAUUGAUGGUCAGCAAACUUCUUCCAACAUUAAAAGCACAAGCGGUCAGUGGCCCGCCGCUGGACCUACACUCUGCAUGGACCCCCGAGUUGAAAACAGGAACAACAACAGCAGUCUGUCUAGCAGCCUGACAGACAAACUGACAGCAGCGGUGGAGGAUAGGCUCUACAGUAGCCUGCGGAGGUCCGAACUCAGCCAGGGAGGAACCGAAAACAUAGUUGCCGCCUCUCGCACUGCCUCACCUGACCACAGUCCAAUGUAACCCCAUCAUAGCCAUACCCCAGAUUUUCAUUUUUAAAAGUGUUUGCUAAAUUAGUCUGACAUGUGCCGCAUCAUAAAUGCAGUGAAACCCCAUUAAUCGCGGGGUUCCAAAUCCACCCACAAUAACUGAAGAGCCACAAUAGUGACCAUAUAAAAAGGUUUUUUUUGUAGCUUUAAACCUCCCACACACUUUGACAACAUUUAAACAUAUUAGGAUAUAUCAACUUUAAAAAACACCUGUUCUCACUCUCCCGCUCACAUUACUUCAAAUUUGAGGCAAAGCGUGCUUGCUUCAAGCUGUUUGCUACUCCCAGUUGAAGCUAACUGUAAAACUGACACCAAAAUGUUCAACCAAACCAUAUAAAUGUAUCUGACAAAAGUCCACUAGCUUAAUGCUAACAUAUAAUGAGAAACACCACAGAUGGCCUAACAUCAAUUAGCAUAGAUGUUACGGUAACUAUAAACCUUCAAACAAUAGCUACUUUAACACACACAGAGCAGCGACACUUGAAAACAGAGCAUACAAGAACACUCACAGGCGUAGAUUCUCUCUGCAAUGAACUGAAAAAUCUGCGAUGAACCACUAAUGGGCAAACACUGUAUUAUAACCUUACUGAUGGCCUCCGCCAGCAUUUCCUCUCAGACCUUAAUCUCCACUGUGAUGCCAUGUGCUGUGACACGUGACGCCCCUUUUUAUCUGCUCAACAUAUUGCACAGAAUAACAUAGCGCCUCCCUCUUGAGAAAUAUUUUGAAACAAACUUGAGUUUACCGCAUGCUACUACUGCUACUACUGUAUGUCCGAAACUAUGUGUAAGUGAAAGACUGUACAGUUUUAAACUUAAAAAACAAAAAGCACUUUGUUAGGAAGACACAUCCAUGUUACCAUUUCUAUCAUGAACAACUAGAAACUCCAAAAGUGUCCUUCUUGUUUGCGUUUAUAUGAAGGCGUAUUUGGCAAAAGGUACAUUUUAAACCCUGCCAGUGUUUGCACUUCUCUCUUAUUAACAACAGUGAAGAGUGUUUUGUGCACAAUGAAGGGAAUUCAGGUGAAGUGUUGGAUGGAUUUAAAAUUUGUAUUUUUAGAAAUAUUGGCAGAAAAUGCCAUGUGGAGAAAGACCAAAACAAUUCAGCCCCAUUGUGAUGUGGACCUUUUUCAUGUGAAAACAUUAGGUAUACCACCUGCACAAUCUAGCACUGGUGCUCAAAGGCCAAAUUACAUUUUUUAUUUAAUUUCAUGGACAGCUCAUUCAUAGAUAAGGCUAAAAAUAUAUUAAAAGUGUAUGUAAAAUGCAGAUUUUAAUAGCAUAAUAACAUUCUAAUUUUAAAGUUUUCCAUUUAUAAUUUCAUCAUAAUUAAGAAACUAAUGAUUUAAGAAUUUAUUUUAAAAAGGAUGUCACAAUUUAUAUGUAAUUAGUUUAGUAAUAAAAUAUAUUCAUAUUAGUCGACCAAUUGUAGAGGGAAAAUGAUUACGACAAAUAUUACAGGACUCUUGAUAAUGUGAAUCCUCGUCGGGUCUGAUUAAACAAAGAAGCGAGCCUUUGCCCACCCUAGUCACAUAUAAUUUCAGUUGCAUUAAUUGAAACCUAAAUGUUACAGGGAAACAAACAAUUCAUUGAAGUCUUCCUCAGUUUGAACAUAGUAAAGUGAAAUCUCCAAUGUGAAACAUAAUCUGUUACACUGCAAUCUUUCUUUCUUUUUUUUUUUUUUUUAUAAUUGUCAUACAAGUAUAAAGAUUAGUUAACCACUGUAUAAUACAACUAAAAUAAAAAAGACAUAAUGGAGGGAACAGGAAAGUGUUUGCAUAGCAAUAAUGUCAACUGGUGGUGUCUGUCACAUGUUGAGCUUUGUACAGUAUGCACUGUUUAACAAAUCAACAUGGUUGUGGAGGAAAAACAGCAAAUAUACAGUAUGUGAUUUGUUUGGCGAGCUUCUCUGGUUAUUUCCAUGCUAUAAUCAACUCAAUAUAAAUGAUAUUUAAUGAAUUCUAUUGCACAUUUUGUACUAAACAGCCACACCAUUUCACAAUAACACACAAAAAAAAAUCUCUAUGGUUAUCCUCAUACUUCCAAAAACGUGCAUGUUAUAUUAAUUGAAAACUCUAAAUUGUCCAUAGGUGUGAAUAGUUGUUUUUCUAUAUGUGCGAUUGAAUGGCGACCCAUCCAGGGUGUACCCAGUUUCUCCCGGAAAAAGUAAUCUUAGGUUCUUGGAAGACUCUCAGGGGUGUCAAACUCAUUUUUGUCGUGGGCCAUGUAGUUAUGGUUUCCCUCAGUGGGCCGUAGUGACUGUGAAUCCUUAAAAAUGUUUUAUCGCCUUCAUCACAUUUUUACAUAUACACAGAAAAUUUAUGGAUAACUAGCUUUGAUGUCAGACGUCAAGGAUAAUGGUUUGUUCAGCUAUUGUUUAAGUUACUGUAAAAAAGGGGGUUUGGUAACAAAAAACUGUUUGCAAUAUCUCAGCAUUAUUAUUUAUUAAAUAUGCCAAUUUCAUGAAAGUUGACGCACAUAAUUUGCUCUGACGGGCCCCAUAAAAUGAUGUGAUGGGCCAGAUCGGGCCCCGUGCCUUGUGUUUGACACCUUUUUCUGUAUGUCUACAUGCGCCCUGUGAUUGACUGGCAUUCAGUCCAGGGUGUACCCUGGCUGCCUCUCGCCCAAAAACUCCACCUCACCUUCGACCCAAAAGAAGAUACGCGGUUUAUAAAAUCGAUGGCUUGACUUACAUUAUUAGUGCAAUUGAUGGCUAUAUGGCAUCACUAAUCUCAAAUAGCUUUCCAACAUGAUGUAGCAUAUAGUUUGUCAUCACGUCCACUGCCGCGUGUAACCGAUGUAUGAUAGGAAUGUCAAUGACGCGUAAUACAAGGCAGUCAUUUCAACGCAGAAGGUUGGAAGCUGGUGAGCGUGCGCGUCUCGUCUUUUGUGCUGCGCUCACGUUGAAGUAGCGGCUUUAUAGUGGGGAGUGAGUCAUGCAGAAAAUUCAUCCAUCAUCCACGAUAAAUACCCUAAAGGACAACCUGACGCACAAUGCUCCUUUGUCCAAAUGGAUUUUUAUUUAUUUUUUUAAAGAGAGAUGUUUGCUACAUUUUACUGUUGAACAUUAUUCUGUGAAACGCACAUUUCCUGUCCACUAUAUAAAAAUCCCUACAGUGGAUAUAGAAAAAAAGUCUACACACCCCUGUUCAAAUGCCAGGUUUUUGUGCUAUAAAAAAAUAAGACCAAGAAUAAUCAUUUGAAAACAUUGUUUUCACCAUUAAUUUAACAUAUAACCUUUACAGAUCAGUUGAAAAAAUUUGUCAAAUUAUUUCGAAGUGGAAGUAAAAAUAAACAACUCAGAUGGUGUGGUUGCAAAAGUCUGCACACCCACAUAUAACUGGGGAUGUGGCUGGGUUCAGAAUUAACCAAUCACAUUCAAACUCAUGUUAAAUGGGAGUCACAGCACACCUGCCACCAUUUAAAGUGCCUCUGAUUAACCCCCAAUAAAGUUAAGAGGUUGCAGGAGGCUUUUCUUGCCAUUUUUGUUGCCACAUCUUACAACACAAGAUUCCACAACAACAGAGAGAUCCCAUUAUCAGUCAAGUGAAGGGUACAAAAGAAUUUCCAAGGUAUCAAAUACACCAUGGAACACAGUGAAGACUGUCAGCAUCAAGUGAAGAAGAUCUGGCACAACAGCGACGUGACCAAGAACUGGACACCCCCCCCCCCCCAAAAAAAAAACCCGAUGAAAAGACGAGAAGAAAACUGGUCAGGAAGGCUGCCGAGAGGCCGACAGCAACGCUGAAGGAACUGCAGGGAAUUUCUGGGAAGUCCUACUUUUUAGUAGAUGUGACAACACUCCAGUCUUGUUCAUGCCUGGGCUAUGUAGUAGGGUGGCAAGGGGAGUGAUUCUCAAAGUGUGUAGUGGUACACAGGCACCCUCUAGUGCCAGAAUCGCUGCCUAGCACAGUUCAGUUGUAUUUAAUGUUUACAUCUUUCUCAAGAACUGUUUGUUCUUAAAAAUGUAUUUUUAUCAUUUACCUUAUUUUAUUCAACUUUGUGCAAUACUAUUAUUAAUAAUGUAAUUAUUAUUUAGGUCGUUUUCACAGUCCUAUAUUUAAGCGCAGUAGUAAUGUUCCAACUGUGCAUGUUACAGCGGCAUAUAAUAAAAUUAAAUAUUUGCUAUUUAGAAAUAAAACCUACGUCUCAUUUUCUAUUUUGAUGUUGGUCAUGAUGGUGGCGUUUGGAUUGCCGAGUAGGUUUUUAGGUGGUACUUAGUGUAAAAUCUUUGACACAUCGGAAAAGCACUACAAAAUGGCAAACUCACGAUAUAGCGUACUUUCGUGGCUUGAGUGAUUUCAAACACAGCUAUUCUGUUUGACCUUGCUGACGUAGGAAGUUAAGCACUCUACCCCUCCCUCCCUCCCACAAAUAGUCGUGACUCACCUGCUCUCUGAUGUACUCCCAGAGGGGGGCUGAGGAUAGGCUCGGCUUCCAAAUACGGUUGGGGGAACGCGGGGCUCCUGCUGAUGUGAUUAGCACUACACAACGGAGUUGCACGGGAGGUGGAUUGUGGAUGACAGGGCUCAUGUGAUGUGAUUAGAUGUUAGCAGGCAUGCAACACUGAAGGAAGCUGGUCAAGUAAAUGGUAAAAUAAGCAUUAAAUAUGAGGGACAUAAUUCAGGGUUAUGUCUCAGGAAGAACUGAAUUACUCUCCUACAACUAAAAUCCUCACAAAUUGAAAUGCACUCAUAAUAUACUAGAACAUGGGUGUCAAAACUCAUCUUUGUUGUGGGCCACAUUGUAGUUAUGAUUUCCCGCCGAGGGCUGUUUUGACUGUGAACCCGUGUAAAGUGGGUACGGAAAGUAUUCAGACCCCCUUAAAAUUGUCACUGUUAUA